AUGCCAGAGUCAGAAGCAAGAGCCAAGAUUGUUAGUGAAAUUUAUUACGGCCCAUAUCAUGAUGCUCAAUAUUUUCCAGGCUCUGACGAAGGCGACAACGCUGAAACGUUAGCCGCAAUAAAGUUUGUUAACAAUCUUGGGAGAAAAUCAGAAAAUCUCACCGUCGACUAUGGCUUCCUUGAUGGGAACACUAAGAAACGAGCAUUUGUUGUCGUGAAGUUCGGAAGGAGGCUACCAGCACCAGUUCUCGUGCAGGACUUCCACCGUUUUCACGAGAUGGAGAAAAGCCAACAAUCCGGAGAGGACCGAACUGAGAAAGCCACGGAGCUUCUUCGUCUUCAUCUCGAACGCGCAGGCACCAUGGAUGCGUUGACGGGUUGGAUUAAGAAGAUCGUAGAAAUCCCUGUUGAUAAACGCCCUCAAGAUGCAUUGGAUCAUUUGAAAAAGAAUUGGAACUCAUGGAACGGCAACAUUCGUAGCACUGCCAUAAAAAAUGCUCUGAAGAAUGUACAGGAAGAGCUUGCUGAAGUCCUAAAGGAAAACCAAAAAUUGAAGAACGACAUCGCACACUAUGAAGAAGCACUUCUCAUCAAGAAAGUGGCCGCGUUAAACGCUUCCACAAAACAAAAGUCAAUGUCUUCACGGAAAAUUCUAAACUGUACAGGCAAGAAUGAAAAGGUGGAAAAAGAGAUGUUUGGCGGACUUCACACCGGCGCAUCAUUCUCUACCGGUCCACAUGAUGUCUGCGCUUCGGAUCUCUGUUCGAUUCCUCAAUUCGAUGAGUUUGGUCAUGUCUCCUCUGCUGUGGUAAUUUAA